CCCGGGCCCUGCGGACAGCCGCUAGAGGAAGCAGAAGUUUGGCAACCCGCUCACAACUUCACUCGAGUCCUGCUGGGCCGAGACGACGAGGCCCGGCUGCUGCUGACAGCUUAGUCCAGUGGAGCUUUUACGACAAAGGACACAAAACCAACCAACCAAGGAGGCAAGGACAAGAAGGACGACGAGUACAUCAUGUUAAAAGUGUUGGGGCAGGACAGUAGUGAAAUCCACUUUAAGGUGAAAAUGACAACGCAUCUGAAAAAACUGAAGCAGUCUUACAGCCAGAGGCAGGGAGUUCCAAUGUGCACACUACGGUUCCUGUUUGAAGGACAGAGAAUUGCAGAUGAUCAAACACCAAAAGAGCUGGGCAUGGAAGAUGAUGAUGCCAUUGAGGUUUAUCAAGAACAGACUGGAGGAUUUUGGAUUGAUUAAACCCCCUGAAAUAUUUGGAUUUUUUUCAUCAUUUUGUAUUUUAUUUUGUAUGUAUAUGUAUGUUUAUUUGUUGCCUUUCAAACCAUCUGGAUCAAAACACUCUUAUCAGGUCUUCCAUGGUUAAGGAUGUUGUGGGAGACUAGGGAAUAAGUGCGUCUCUCACGCUAAAGGGCAGAGACUCAUGUUUUCUGCCCAAGCAAUAGGAGUCAUUGGCGCAUUGGUUGUCUUUUUAUCAUUUUGUUUUCAAUUGUUAAGAAUGAAUGUGAAUUAUUUUUUUAAAAGUUUUAUCAAAAGAAUAGCUCAGCUUACGAAAAUUGUUUUAGCCACAUAUGUCCAAGAUAGUACAAUGUUUAUUCAGCACAGUUUUUAAUGUCUUGUGCAAAAGCGAUUUAAAAAUAAAAUAACUAGAAGUUCUAAGUCUACCAUGUUUUUUUUUAAAUAUUUUCACAUGACAUCCUAAACCUUCUUCCUAUUCAGUUAUUCCUUCAAAAGGACGCAGCACAUCUGCGUGCAGGCACAGAGGCGGUAUUGUCAAUAAGUAACACUACAUUGGAACUGCAGUUUACUUUUUAACCAGAGUUUUGUGCUUUACAGAUUACAUUGGAGUUGGAUUUGUGUGCCUGUUUGCUAAGAGCUAUGCCCAAUUUCAGCAGGGCCCUUACAGAGAGUCUGAGGCAUACACCAGUCCUUGAAAGUGAACUUUUGCUUAGGUAUCGCCUGAUGUCAUUGAAAAUGUUUAAUUAAACAUUAAACACCAGCCUUGUUAUGUAUGUUAUAUUGUACUCCCUACAAAUCAAAAAUAUUUUGUUUCUCCUUAAAAUCCACACCACAACACAAUAGUUCUACUUUUCCAGCUGAGACGACAGAUGGUAUCAGUACUGGUUCCUGCAGUGGAACAGCCCCUUUUGUGGGCUGAUUUCUCAACAUUUACAGCCUCUUUGCCAUGUUUGAAAUUUGCUGCAUGGAGAAAUUGUAAAAAAUCUGAUGAUCACCAAGUUCUUGUAAUGAUGUUUGAGUCUUUUGACUAUUGAUAAUUGUACUUAACAUGUAUAUGUUGUAUUCAGUGUUAGUUUACUUUAGUGAUGUACCAUAUAUAUUGUUUUUUUAUUAUUUAUAACAGAGGGUUUAAUUCUGUAAUUAUUUGUUGCCUUCUUGGCCUUCUGCUCACUGACAGUGUUUUUCAAACUGUGGUUCUGUCCUCCAGAGGUUCUGUCAAAAUCUAACAUUCAGAUUUAGUUAUCGGUGAUCUGUUUAACUGUGGCAUUGGUGCUUGUUUUUAAUUGUUUAUUUGGACUGGAUUUUUAUAAUACGUGUAUGUGACGGUGGAGCUGUUAUCACAAAUUGUUUUUUGGAAGAAAAAAAACUGUGGUCAAGCCCUAAAAAUCCAUAAAAAUGCUCAUUUAUGCUGAUGAUCUUACUUGCCAUAUAAACAACAUAACUCCACCAAACUGUAUAUGUCCCAUCCUAACUGCUUGUUAUAGCCCAGGUGUCCAAAUGUGGGUCACCUUAACCUCAAUGUCCUCAUUGGACAUCAAUGCGCCGACCAUUGUAGACAUCCUUUACCAUUACCACAGGGACAGGGAUGCAGUCAUAAUGCAGUUCUGAAGAUGGUGAAGAGACAAUAAUGCUGAGAGUAAUGUUGAUACAGAUGGUUUGAAAUUAUUGAUGUGGAUGUCGCCCUUUGCUUUUUUUGAAUAAAAUAUUUAAGACAAAAA